CCAAGUCAAAUGGAAGCAAUCGGAUAGACAGCCGGUUUCAGAGACGCCUCGUCCAGCAAACAAGUACAAAAAAAAAAGGGUAUAAAAGGACGAGACAAUUCUCAAGGUGAUUAUUGUUCUUUUCCAUCACCUGUCCGUGUCCGUAAUGAAGCAUUCGUUUGUCGCUCUUUUCUCCGUUCUGACGUGCAUCGUCUACGGCCAAUUACCUGGUAAUUGGAAUCCAGAUGUGUUCGGCUAUCGUCCUUACUUUGCGCUACCAUCAGCACCUUCCACAAAGCAGACCAACUUGUUUCACUUCCGACCGGACGCGCAGGGCGCCAUCGACGAACAGCCUCAAACGCGGAAUUUAGUUCUGGCUGCAAGAAUGUCGUUACUCGAAUUGUCUUUCACCAAACUAGCCAAAGAAUUGAGAACUAAAUUGUCGGAUGCAGAUGAAAAAAUUGCGGAUUUAAGCAGCAAAUUGGCACAAACGACGGAAGUUUCAUCGGCCACAGCGACUGAGUUGGACAAUUUGAAACAGGAUUAUGCCGAUUUUAAAACAGAUACGACGGACAGAAUUUCUGCCCUGGAACAAGCAUCUACUUGCACCUGUUCGGCUGACGAUACGGCCGGGAUCGGUAGAAUCCCCGGUUCGUGUGCGGAUCUCAAAGAAAUUGGCUACACCAAAAGUGGACUCUUCUCUGUCAUGGGCAGCAAACAAGUCGAAACUGUUUACUGCGAUUUCACAAAAGAAGCUGAUGAUCCAGAUUUACAGAAGUUGAUUGGUUAUGAAGACGUCAAAUCAAAGCCAACGUACUUCUACCUUCAGAGGACGGUAAAAUCUGAGCAAAAGGACGUUCCGAUUCCGUUUGAGACUGAAGUAGUCAACAGUGGAGACAUUGACAAAACGUCCGGCGUAUUCACAGCACCCGUUAAAGGCACUUACUUCUUCUCAUUUAGUGGACUUGCGCAAAUUCCGGAGACCUCCGCGUUCGACAGCUAUCUAGCCGCAUUGCUUUUCCGAAAUGAGGACGUAGUAGCACGUAGUCAGUUGAACGAAGUCAACGCCGUGGCAAAUAUUAAUUACCUAAGUCCAGUAACCGUUCAAGCGACUCUUGCGUUGGAACAAGGAGACACGGUUUGGAUGCAAAUCGAUUUCAACAACGGGGCGUAUCUGUUCGACGACAACGACUUCCGUGCCACGCAUUUUAACGGCUGGCUGUUGGAAGAGGAAAUCGCCGCUUCGUUAGGCCUACUGUAGAUGAACGUCAAUUCAGAUUUAGAGCGUAUAAGCGUUAUUGGCAUUCUUGAAUAGAAACCUUGUAAUAAGUAAAAGUUGCGCAUUCGGGCACUCGCCUUGACACCGAGUGCAUUGUCACCAAAUGUUAUACGACCGUGAAAACAAGGGAACACAUUAACUCACAUAGAAUAAAUCACAAACCACUAAAGUUAGACACAUGUAAUCAAUGGUACAAUAACUUUGAAAUAAUACAUGAAAUAAACGAAAUUAAAUGAUUGAA